GCCGCCGGGCUGGGGCUCCGAGGCUGGGCGGCUCCGCUCCGCCUCCGCCGCCGCCAGCGCGCCGCGCCGGGCCCGACAGGCCGCCGAGAGGAGCCGCGAGCGAGGGACGGGCAGCCAUGGCCGAGGCGGCGCCCGACCGGGCUUCAGAGAGGGACAGACAAACAGGGGAUGAAAGGCCUUCGACAACUUCUCCAUCAUCCCAGCCGGCUGCUGAGAAGAACUCAUACCUCUACUCCACGGAGAUCACGCUGUGGACAGUGGUGGCUGCUAUCCAGGCCUUGGAGAAGAAAGUGGACUCCUGUCUGGCCCGCUUGCUGACUCUGGAGGGACGGACGGGGACAGCGGAGAAGAAGCUGGCUGACUUUGAGAAGACGACCUUGGAGUUCGGGAACCAGCUGGAGGGCAAGUGGGCCGCGCUGGGGACCCUGCUGCAGGAGUACGGGCUGCUGCAGAGGCGGCUGGAGAACAUGGAGAACCUGCUGAGGAACAGGAACUUCUGGAUCCUGCGGCUGCCCCCGGGCAGCAAGGGAGAGGCCCCCAAGGUGCCCGUGACCUUUGAUGAUGUGGCCGUGUAUUUUUCCGAGCUGGAGUGGGGCAAGCUGGAUCCUUGGCAGAAGAAUCUGUACAAGCAUGUGAUGAGGGGCAACUACGAGAUGCUGGUCUCCCUGGAUUACGCCAUCUCCAAACCAGACAUCCUCACUCGGAUAGAGAGGGGAGAGGAGCCUUGCCCUGAAGGCCUGUGGGGCCAGGAGGAGGGGGAAGAGAGAGAGGCAGCUUGCCCAGGCAGGCCGGACGCUGUUCCAGAGCACAUUCCCAGCCCAGUCAGGUCUGACCAGGAGGGUCCAAGUGAAAGGCAGACCCCCGAGCACCAGAGAGACUCAGGAGCAAGAGUAACUCCACCUGGAACAAGCGCGGGGCCCCCAGCCAGUACCAGCAUUUUGUCCGCAAUUAAACAGGAGGAAGAUUCUUCAGAUGGGGAGUCCCCUGUCUCCCCUCCUAGGGACAUCCUGCCCAGCAUGGGGCUAGGUGGUGCUGCUGGUCUGGUCAUCAAGACGGAAGCACAGUCUGAGGACGAGAUGAUGCCGGAGCAGCUCUUCCUGGGGAAGCCCCCCGGCCAGACCCAGAGUACAGUCCCCAAGGGGCCCAAGAGCAGGACUGGGGGUCCCCGCCAGCUUCAUGCCCAGGGAGUGCCCAGGGUGCGGGCAGGGGACCCUCGGCCUCGGCCCGCAGGGGCGGUGGGGGAGGGGCCCCGCAUCCUCCCUCGCCGGCGAGAGCGGACCUUCCCCUGCCCCGACUGCGGGCAGAGCUUCCGCUUGAAGAUUAACCUGACCAUUCACCAGCGGACCCACGUGGAGGAGCAGCAGCGCCAGGCCCGGGCCAGCUCGCCCACGGGGUGGGGGGAGGCCCACUCCGCGCUGGAGCCUGGGGAGGUGGUGGUGUCCGGGCCCGUCAUCCGCUGGCUCCCCGAGGAGCCCGAGGGCCGCCGCGCCCUGGCCGGCCGGGCCUUCGUGGGGCGGAGGCCGGCGGCCAAGGUGUACCACUGCAGCGAGUGCCUGCGCUUCUUCCAGCGGCGCAAGAGCCUGCUGCUGCACCAGCGGCUGCACACCGGCAACAGCCAGGGCUGGCCGGCCUGCCCCUACUGCGGCAAGGCCUUCCGCAGGCCCUCGGACCUCUUCCGGCACCAGCGCAUCCACACCGGGGAGCGGCCCUACCAGUGCCCGCAGUGCGGCCGGGCCUUCAACCGGAACCACCACCUGACCAUCCACAUGCAGACCCAUGCGCGGGGCCAGGCCGGCCCGCACUUCGCCUCGCCCUCCGCCUGCCCGGGGAGCCCGCCCCGGCCCCGGCCCGGCCACUCGGAGGAGGGCUGACCAGGCAGGAGCCCGGCUCCGGCAGGACCUUCUCUCCGCCUGUUGGGCCUGACGCUGGUUCCUAGUCUGGGAUGGCUUUGGAGAGAGCUUUUUUCCUUAUCAUUCAAAUGGGAAGCAGCAGCCUUCUUGGUGACAGUGUAUGAGUGCGACAGUUGCCUCCAUUUCCUGUUUCCUCAGUUUGUCACUCUUCGCUGACUAUUCUACAUUCCUGACUUAUAAAGGACCCCAUAAGGCUUAGGGGUGCCACGUUUUGGGUGGGGGCCUUGGACAGGCAAGUGGACCAGGGAUCACGGUUCUUUCAGUAGAGGUGAUGGAGACAUUGAGGUGCUGGGGUGUUGAUUGUACACAGAGGACUGGGGCCUGCUGCACACGAGAAACAGCAGAGUGGACAGGCAGCCUGAAGAAUAGGCACUGGAAAUUAGGCUUUUCUACUUUGUUACUUUGAAACUUUUUUUUUCUCCUUA